AUGAGAUAACUAUAAUAAAUAUUUAAUGAAAUUGAAGAUAUUGAUAUUGAGAAAUUAUCAAGUAGGAUAGUUUUAGUUUCAAAAUAGAUUCAGAAUAAAAAGGAAGAAAGUUAUGUUUCUAUUUAAUAGGAAAUACAAAAAUCUUUAAAUUAUUUAUAACCAUAAAAAGUGGAUGAUCAACAAUUAUUUAAUUUUGAAAACCAUGAAUAGUGUUUAUAAAGAGUUUGUGAUGUAUGCAUAUUUUUUUUAUUUGAGGAUAUUUUUAUCAAUAUUUAAGAACAAUUAGAAAUUCAUAAUUCAUUAAAUGAGUUGAUUACUAUUAUGUCAGAAUAACAAUUACAAAUUACUUAAUUUCCUCAAUCGAAAAACUUAUAAUUAAUAUCAGAAUUUAAUAAUAAUAAAGUAAUUAAAGAAAGAUUGGAAGGUGCAUUAAAAAUCAAUUUGAGUCAUAAGGAAAUCCUAAAGGAAAUUUUGAUAAAAAUUGGAUAAGAUAAUUAGAAUCAAAAGAUUAACUCUGAAAUAUCAAUGAAGUCAUAAUAACUAGACCUAAUUUAUCUUAUUCAAUAAAAUUCAUAACUAAAUGAAAAAAUCAACGAAUUAGAGUAGUUAUUAAAAGAGAAGGAAACUCAAAUUCUAAAAUUUAGUUAUUAUUUUUAAUAGUUAGAAAAUAGUUAAUAAAAUUAGAAUAUUUAAUAUGUAGUAUCAUAAAAGAUCUCCUAACAAGAUCAAAAUACUGAGUCUUAGUAAGAUCAAAAUUAUGUUAAAGAUUCUUAGGUUAGUUAAUCAUAAUCUUAGGAAUUUUAUUCAAUAAUUGAUCAGAGCAUAAAUAAUUUUAAAGAAAAUUAAUAUCGAUAAAGUUUAACUCAACCAGAAUAACAAUAAUAAGUUUUGCAGCUAAUAAACCAAAAUAUUUUAAUAUAAGAAAGUUUCCAAAAACGAAAGGUUAACUAGAGCUAGUAGAGAAAAAUGAAUUUUAGUUUUGACUGUGAAAAUCCAUUAGAAACUAAUAACAGUUUCACAUAAUAAGAAGUUGAAAAUUAUUAAUUUAAUUUUUGA